AUGCAUCCACAGCGUCCUCUUCCGCAAGCCAUGCCCUCCUCCUCCCUGGGACAGCAGCUGCGGGACAUGGCCAUGGGUCUGGGACGGGGCAAGAACUUCCUGGGAGGAAACUUUGCCUUCAGUUUCAUCCAGUCGGUGAAGGAGUGCCUCUAUUUCCUUCUCUGCUGCUGGUGCAUCAAAGAGAUCCUGGACUGACCGACUGCGAGGGAGAAGAUCAAGGAGUAGAUCAUUUUUCCCUGUGUCUCCGUUGGCUCCUGUCAAUUUCAACCAUCUUUAAUCUCAUCAAAAAUGAGUGUUUGAUCAGCAAAGCAUUGGGUCUAUAAACGAUGCUCCUGUUGGGUUUUCAGGAAACACACUUGCACGUUUUCAGAUGUUCACUGUGGGGUUGGUUAUAGUUUCUGGAAGUUCCCUGAAUGAUCUUAGAUCUGGACGACCGGCUGACACGGCUGAAGUUCACUGUACAAGACAAACUGCUGUGGACGUGAAUAAAGGAACGAAUAAAUAGAACAAAUAUAUAUUGUCUGCAUUUUUGUUCAUUUUUUUCUGAAUAAUUUAAUUUAAAUAACAGUUUAGGUACCCUGUUUUUAUUAAGAAUAUGACUUUAUUGGUUUAAUUUGAAAAAGUUUGCAGAGCUGCAUUUCUUCAUAGUGUUAAACUGGAUGAUUUAUGUGUUUAAAACAACAGUGGAUGGAUUUUACAAACUGUUAAACAUGUAAACGGAGGAUCUGUGUAUCUGUAUGAACCUGGACACGUGCGGAGCAGCGGUGUGAACUUUUUCAAGUGUCUCUUGGAAAA